AUGGAGAACCAAGUUGUAAACCGUCUUUUCGCAGGCAAGUCUGAAAAGAUCGCAGAGCAGUGCAAGCGUUUCCACAGCCAGCCUACAGCUAAGGUAGAUGUAGAUGCAUAUCUUAACAAUACUGACGGCCACGUCUUCCUCGACGAACCCAAGUGGAUUAAGAAGAACACCCCGUUCACGGAAUACAAGGGCAAAGUGUUUGCCUACGGUGCUAAUGGGGACUCAAUGCUCAUUGGCAACCACUCUUCAUUCGCCAAAGUACAGUACCCGGGUAACGAGGGACGGGCCGGCAUGUCGAUGAUUCAUAUUCUGGGGAUCCCCAAGAAGAACUUAUUCAAUGGCGUGUCUCUAAACCCUGAUAGCGUCGUCAUCAUCGACGAGAUGAUUUCCUGCUUCCAGAACAACUGGGCCUCAAAGGACUUCCGUACAGCUAUCCUGAAGCACCAGGAGGAGGCCAUCGAAGGUGCUUACAAGGUCGAUAAGAAUAAGGAAACUUAUCUGAAAGCCAUGGUACACCACAGGGAGCUAGAGAGUAUGAUCCAUACUCUAACUGUAGAUGACUUCACUUUCGGUCUGCACUUGUGGCCUGAUCACAGUAUUGGUCACCUACACUUACACAUCAUCGCUACGCCUCCUUGGUGCCGCCAGUAUAGCACUUUCGUCCAUGACGAUAAGACCAAGGACGCCCUUGAGGUUCGUGACUACAUUCAUAGCCACUAG